GAUUCGUUUCUGUCCCAUAAUUGAUUCACGGUGAUUUCCCCGCAGGAAAAAUGCCGGACAAAAUCGGUAUAUACGACGUUGGCGAUCGCUACGAUCUGUCCGACUCGGAGAACGAGUACGACGAGCGGGAGAAGAAGCUGCUAAAGGGUAUCCGUGAUCGCAAAGGUAAAGGCAAAGGUGCAGCAGAUAACGAAGAGGAAGUUCUGGGAUUCGACGAGGGCGAUGAGUCUGAAGAGGACGAGGAUGAUGAUAUCGACAUUCGUAAGUUUGAACACGACAGCGACAUCGAGGAUAAGGAGGACGAUGACGACCUGCCGGACCGGAAAGCGUGGGGUGACAAGGCGAGGGCUUUCUACGGAGCGGACUAUGUGGAUCAGGAUUAUGACAGUUUAACGGCACAGGAAGAGGAACGGGCGCAGUUGGAGGAGAUUGAAGCGAAGGAAAUUCAGCAGAGACUGGCUAAGGAACUGAACGAGGCAGAUUUCUCGUUGGAUGUGUUCGUUCCGGAGCAGGAUGUGGUUGAGGAGAAGAAGGGUAAGUCAAAGAAGAAGGAGAAGACGGAGAUCAAGUUGAAGGCAGAUCUUUCGGACUUGAGCGAGCGGCAGAAGAGGGAGUUGUUCCGGAAGGAGGCUCCGGAGUUUGACGGGUUGGUGGAGGAUUUCGAGAGGAACUUGGAGGAAUGUCAUACGGUGUUUGAGCCGGUGCUAAAGUAUCUGAGAGAGAAGGACAUCACGGAUCAUCCGUUUGUGGAACUUCUCAAAACGCGAUACGACCUAUGCUUGAGCUACUGUAAUAAUAUAAGCUUCUAUUUGCUGUUGAAGUCGAAGAAGAGCAAGGUCAAGAAUCAUCCGGUGGUGAAGCGAAUGGUGCAAAUGAAGCAGCUGCUGUUGGAGUUGGAGCAGAAGUAUGAGAACUCGAUCAAGUCACAGGUGGAAACCAUUCUGGAGCAUAUCGCUGCAGGGGACGAGUUGGUGUUUGAGGCGGAGCAAGUUUCGGUGGAGGUGGAAAAGAAACCGAAGGGUAAGAAGAAACUUACCAUGCUGCAAGGCGUGGAGGAAGCUGGUGAAAAACUUGGUGGUGAGGAAGAAGAGUAUGAUGAGUCGGAAUCGGAUGAACCGACGGCCAAGAAGGUGCGGUUGGCUGACAGUGAUUCCGAAGAGGAGGAGCAAGGAGAUGAAAUGCCGCAGGAAGAGGACGAGGAGCAGAUGGAAGAUGGGAAGAGCAAGCGCAAGAUUACCUACCAAAUGGCUAAGAACAAGGGUCUUACUGUACGAAAGAAGAAGGAUGAUCGGAACAUUCGGGUCAAGAAUCGGCGUAAGUUCCAGAAAGCGUUGGUGCGCAGGAAGGGAACGGUUCGACCCGUCCGGACGGAAACGACGCGGUACGCCGGGGAAGCAACCGGGAUCAAGGCCUUCGUCAAGAGGAGUGUCAAGAUCAAGUAGCAGCUCUAAUGGUAAGCAUCAUCGGUUGUUUAUUGUUAGCUUAAGAACAUUGAAGUCACAAAAAUAUAUACCAUUUGAGGUGGUAAUUGGUAAGGA